AUGAAGAUAUUAUCGUGGAAUGUGCGAGGUUUGGGAAGACCAGAAAAGAGGGGAAAGAUAAAGAGAUUGGUGAGGGAGAGAGGGAUUGAUGUCCUCUUUCUUCAGGAGACUAAGAGAAGAAUUAUGGAGGAUCAUUUUUUGAAAUCUAUCUGGCCCUAUGAAGAAAUGGAAUAUAUGGUGGUGGAUUCUGUGGGAAGUGCUGGAGGUCUACUGUCUAUAUGGAGGCCACAAAUCUUCGAACUUAAGAGUUGUUGCAGUGGUAAAAACUUCAUCAUUUUAUCAGGUACCUCUAAUCCUUCUUUUCAGUGUUCCCUUGUAAAUAUCUAUGCUCCUAAUGACAUUCUUGGGAGGAGGCAGUUAUGGAAAGCUCUUGUGGGUAUUCAUCACCAUUUUCCAAAUCCGUGGUGUGUUGGAGGGGAUUUUAAUGAAAUUAGAUUUAUGGGGGAAAUGAAGGGUUGUUUAUCCAGAGAUAGGGGGAUGAAGGAUUUUAAUGAACUUGUGGAAAAAUUGGAACUAACUGAUAUGCCUAUGCUUGGGAGGCAGUAUACUUGGUGUAAUGCCAUGGAUGGGAACAGGUGGAGCAGGAUCGAUAGAUUUUUGUUAGAUGUGAAGUGGAUGGAAAAAUUUUCGUUUAAGCAAUGGGGUCUCCCAAGGUCUAUCUCAGAUCACUGUCCCAUUUUGUUACAGGAAGAUGGCAGGGAUUGGGGACCAAAGCCUUUCAAAUUUAUCAAUGCCUGGUUAUCUCAUCCAUCCUUCAUUUCAGAGGUAAAGAAGAGGUGGGAGGAAGCCCAAGUUCAAGGGCGGGCAGGGUUUAGAGUGAUAAGAAAACUAAACCUGCUUAGGAGCCACUUAAGGCUGUGGAACAAGGAGGUGUUUGGUAAUAUUGAUACUCAAUUACAGAAGGCUGAGGAUGAGCUUCAUGAAUGGGAUCUGAAGGCAGAGUCUAGAACUCUAGUGGAAGUGGAACUGUCGAGAAGAAGAGAAGUUAGGAGCCAGGUGUGGCAGCUGGGUAGAAGCAAGGAGAGGCUUUGGCACCAAAAGUCUAGGCAGAUGUGGACUCAGUCUGGCGAUAAAAACACUAGGUUCUUUCACAUUAUGGCUAGCAGAAGGCAGAGGAAGAAUUUGCUUGACUCUGUCAUUGUGGCAGAGUCUAGAACUCUAGUGGAAGUGGAACUGUCGAGAAGAAGAGAAGUUAGGAGCCAGGUGUGGCAGCUGGGUAGAAGCAAGGAGAGGCUUUGGCACCAAAAGUCUAGGCAGAUGUGGACUCAGUCUGGCGAUAAAAACACUAGGUUCUUUCACAUUAUGGCUAGCAGAAGGCAGAUGAAGAAUUUGAUUGUUUAG